GCGGCCAAUGGGGCGGCCUUUGGGGACAAGAUAUUGAUUCUAUCGGAGACACGGGUUGAAUGGUUUCUGUGCGCUCAGGCGGUCGCCAAACUCGGCGCUAGUGUUGUCACUCUCUUCUCUAAUCUUGGUGACGAGGGAAUCGUUUACGGCAUAAAUCAAACAGAAGUUAAAUUAAUGAUAGUUUCGUGUGAUUUGAUGCCAAAAAUACGUUCACUAAUCACUCAAAUACCGACCGUUGAGACAAUCGUUUACAUUGAGCAUAAGAAUCUUCACAAAGACAUCACUACCUCUCAAGUGAAUGGUUUUCCCGACAAUAUCCGACUCCAGUCCCUGCAAGAGGUGGAGCGCACCGGCACUCAGAUGUCGGACAUUCAGUUUCAGACCCCCAAACCGGAAGACGUGUUCGUUAUAAUGUAUACGUCGGGCACAACGGGUCCACCGAAGGCGGCGAUUGCCACACAUCGGCAAAUGGUCGACGGCUCGGCCAAUACGGCACUCCUGGCCCUUAAAGAUGUUAUCUCCGAAAGUCGGAGCCAUACUUAUAUCGCAUUCCUGCCAUUGGCUCAUGUCUUUGAGUUAACGGUUGAAUUCGCCCUCUUCUACGCGGGUGUGAGGAUGGGAUACGCCUCGCCGUUCACACUGACCGACUCGUCCCCG